ACGAAGCUCUUCCGAUCUCCUGUGAGGAGAUAAAGUUAGUCUCCACGUUGGAAGGAAACCGCCGAGGUUUGUUGUUUUUGUUUCCACACGGAGAGGACAGUCCACAGACAGGACCUGAGGGGGACACCUGGAGCUCGACGAACACGGAAGGUCUUCUGUUUGUCCAUGAGACCCACGAAGACCCAGAAGAAAACUUUUCCUGGGACACGAAGUUGUCAUGCGGGUGGAAGUUCAACAAUAGAGCGAGUCUGCCUCGAGGACAGUCUGUGAGUUUCUGUGGAAACAAGGCUCGAACUUUAUGUCUGGGAAAAUGGAAGCGACUUUUUACGACGAAGCUGCGUCCAACUGCGAGCAGGACGGUUCGGCUGGGUUCGGCUUCAACCCCAGAACCCUCAAACAGACCAUGACUCUGGACCUGAACCAGCCCAAGAGCUUUAAAGCCCAGCUGGGGGCCAAGGCCCUGGACAUCCUCACGUCCCCGGACGUGGGCCUCCUGAAGCUGGCCUCCCCGGAGCUGGAGCGGCUCAUUAUCCAGUCCUGCAACGGCCUCACGACCCCCACCCCGACCCACUUCCUCGGGCCCAAGACCACCACGGACGAGCAGGAAGGCUUCGCCGAAGGCUUCGUGCGGGCCCUGGCCGAGCUCCACUACCAGCAAAUACCCACCGCCCUCCCGGACGCGCCGCCCGCCGUGUCCGGGCCGGGGGGCGGUGCCAGCGCGGGGGCUCCGUACAGCUGCUCGGCGCGCGCGGAGCCGCCCGAGUACACGAGCCUGGCCGCGUUCAGCCGGACCUCCGGACCCGAGAGGCCCGACAGCUACCCGGCCGCCCCGCAGCACCGGCGGCUGCACGCGCUCAAAGAGGAGCCGCAGACCGUGCCCGAGAUGAGCGGGGACACCCCCCCGCUGUCCCCCAUCGACAUGGAGAACCAGGAGCGCAUCAAGGCCGAGAGGAAGCGCAUGAGGAACCGGGUGGCCGCGUCCAAGUGCCGGAAGAGGAAGCUGGAGCGGAUCUCCAGGCUGGAGGAGCGGGUCAAGAACCUGAAGAGCCAGAACACCGAGCUGGUGUCCUCCGCUAAUGUCCUCCGGGACGAGCUGGCCCUCCUCAAACAGAAGGUCAUGGAGCACGUGAGCAGCGGCUGUCAGCUCAUCCUGACCCAGCAGCUCCAGGCCUACUGAACACUGGGGGUGGGGGGGGCACCUUCACGUGCUGUCCAGGAGCACUCAACUAGUCUUCCACUUCCGUUUGUUUUGGAUUUGCACAGAACUCAGACUGGUCCAGCUAGAUCCAGGUCCAGAUGGAUCCUGGAGCGCUGGGUGGCUCAGGGUCUCGUGCAGCUCUGGCACCAGAACCACACUAAGCUUUAACACGUCCUGGACUUUAAGGAGUUCCCGCCUUCCUUUGAUCUCUUGUUUACCUGAAAAUACUUUGUAAUAUUUGUACGCUGCAUUUAGAGCACUUCACUGUAUAAAAAUGAAUAAAGUAAACCUGGACUACUUUUGAGUCUCAGACGGGGUCUGUUGUUGA